AUUCGGAAGAUUAAUUUAUAAUUAUGGUCAAUAAAGGAUAAUAAGAACGGCAGUGUGGAGCAUAAGGGCCUGUAUCUCAUUUAAUACUGAGUUGUGAAGCAGGAUGAAAAUAAAGAAAUCUGUCUUCAUUCUGGGUUGUGUUUGCCUAGAGGUAUUGGGUUUCUUGGUUUUUCUGAAAGGGUUUUUCCCAGUCAAAUCAGCAAUAUCAGGUCAUGCAUCUUUCAUGGAUCUACCACCUCAGCCAAUACAAGACAAGUUCACCCAAACUGAAACUCCUUCACUCCCAGUCCCACCCUUGUUUGGGAGAAUGGUCAUUGUUUUAAUAGAUGCACUGAGGGCAGAUUUUGUUUUCAAUACCACCAAAGACCGGGGCAUGCCUUAUGUUAAAGAUCAGAUUACUAAACAAGAAGCUGUGAGUUUUGUGGCUAAGGCACAUCCUCCAACUGUAACUAUGCCAAGAAUAAAGGCAAUGACUACUGGGGGAAUACCAGGUUUUAUAGAUGUGGUACUCAACUUUGACUCUAAAUCUCUGACUGAAGACAAUUUUAUCACACAGCUUCAUAGAAAUGGGAAGAAAAUUGUGUUUUAUGGAGAUGACACCUGGAUCCGUUUAUUUCCUGGGCAUUUUCUCCGUGAAGAUGGGACUACUUCAUUCUUUGUUACUGACUAUACUGAGGUAGAUGACAAUGUCACUAGGCAUUUGCCAGAUGAGCUGGAGAGAACAGACUGGGAUGUCAUGAUCCUUCAUUACCUGGGCCUUGACCACAUUGGUCAUCUGGCUGGACCACAUAGUCCACUUAUGGGACCAAAGUUGAAGGAGAUGGAUGGAAUAAUGGAGAAAAUACACAAAGCUGUGAUAAAACAGGACAGUGACCUAGAGCUGCCCACCCUUGUGGUCCUGUGUGGAGAUCAUGGCAUGAGUGACCAGGGAAGUCAUGGGGGGUCUUCUGUUACUGAAGUCUCCACACCACUGGUUUUGCUCAGUUCACUCUACUCAAACAAGAAAGGUGUCCAGUUUGAUUGGUCCACACUCCAGCAGAUUGACCUAGCGCCCAUUCUGUCCACCUUGAUGGGGGUUCCCAUUCCCCAGAACAGCCUGGGAGCACUGCCCACAGAUGUCCUAUGGAAGUAUGACUUGAGACUGGCACUGAGGGCAAUGCAACUGAAUGCACACCAAGUGGCCCUUGUGUACAAACAAAAUGUGGCCAAUUAUGAAAAAGAGUUUGUUUUUAUUCAGUAUGAGCAAGCCAUCAAAAAACAUGAAUCAUGGCUUCAAAUGUAUUAUAACAAAGAAGUAGCUCUUGAUGAGCAGUCAGCGUAUCAUGUUAUGAAAGCUUACAGGGAUUCAGUUGUUGCCAUGAGAGACCAAGUUGCAAGAUCCCUAGCCAGCUAUGACCUGUAUGCUAUGACAAUAGCUAUCUUCCUCCUUUGCAUGGUACCAAUGGGAAUUCUUGCUGCUCUCUUCUCACCAGAUGGCAGUAGUGUACAGGUCCCCAGUUGUGGCACUGUGAGGUGGUUGUGUGUGGCCAGUGGUGUGGUAGCAGUGGCAGGGCACUUCACUGUGUGCACAACCUCUUACAAGAGUGAGCUGCUGUGUCCUGGGACCAGUGGUUUUCCUGCUGUUAUUCUAGUUGUGGUAACCGGUGGUAUUGUCUUCACCAUGGGAGCCAGUGGGAUACUUUUGUUUACAGCAUUUUUGGCUGUAGUGAGAUCGUUAUUGAUGCAGAUGACCAGGCUACCAAUUCUUACAAAAUGCUUCCUGCUAGGAAACGUCUUACACACUAUAAGCUUGUUGUCCAGCAGUUUUGUGGAAGAGGAGCACCAGACCUGGUAUUUCUUUACCAUGACAGUACACAUGGCUAUCACCGGCCUUGCUAUAUGGAGUUACAAGGACCAACUAGAGGAUGAGAACAAAAUAUCAGGUGCUGUUUCUACGACUCUAAAAGAUGCUUGUAACACUGACCAAACAAAUUGCAGGAAGCAUGACCAGAAGCAUGCAGAACAAACAGGAAAUUGUUUCAGGACAGUGGUGCAUCCCUCCUCUGAACUUCAUGAAAUCAGCCCUGGUAAUGAACUUCACAGAAAUACAUCAAGUGUGUCAAAUGAAAAUACUGGAAAUUCAAGGAGAAAAGCAUCUUCACAUGUUAACCAUUGGACUGUGUUUGGAAUGCUUAUAGUUCUGAUGCUUUGUCGCUUGCUUCGUUCAUGGAACCAGACUGGGAUAAAAUGGGCAGAUCAGACUGAUAUUGGGGACUGGUUGGUCAGCCCUGAAAACAAAUCGGCCUUAUCUGUGAUAGUUGUGGUUUCUCUUGCUGUGAUCACUUUCCUUUUGAUGUCACUCACAGAUGACCACUUUCUGAAGAUAAUGGUGUUUAUUGCGGCAGUGGGAAUUUCUACCUUCAAAGCUGCAAAUGGUGGUCUUGUGUUACCUGGAAUAUAUUCAGAAGUCACAAAAGGUGUGCUGGAAGCCAGGGUUGUUUAUGCUGUGGUAGCAUUAAGUCUUCUGUAUACAGCUCACAAGACUGUCAGGAAUCUCAAGUUACAGCCAUAUAACACACAAACAUUUUUACAGCUGACAAAAUCGCUUUUAGUUUUAUGGACAUUGACCAUAACAUUGCUAAUGAGACCACAUAACAUUCCCCUGGUUGCACAGAUACUGCUGCAGCAAGUUUUGAUCUCUCACUGUGUUGUUGAUAUUGUGGAAGCAUUUUCUGAAGAUUCCAGUGUGAUAUUUUUAUAUAUUUGGAUGGGAAAUGCUGCAUUCUUUUACCAGGGAAACUCAAACAACAUUACAACAGUUGAUGUAUCAGCUGGCUAUGUUGGUUUAGAUGGAUACAGUCCUGUCUUGAUUGGGACACUAAUGUGUGCUGCCACCUAUGCAGGGCCAGUAUUCUGGUUCCUUGCAUUGUUGGUGAAACUAACAGAGAGAUGUGUUCUACGUGGUAAAGUUGGGAAGCAGUUAAGGGAAAGCUUUAUUCAGCUAGCAUGUCUACUCAUUUUAAGUCAGAGUAUUCCCAAUGCCGUGUAUACAGUUCUAGUCACACUCCAACGGUACCACUUGUUUGUGUGGAGCGUCUUCUCUCCGAAGCUGCUAUAUCAAGGAAUGACAUUGUUGGUGACUUUUCUGCAAGUGGUGUUUAUUUUUAUGGCAAGUUUUAUGCUUGAAAAAGUUCUCUUAAUCACGAAUUAACACCUUCAUGGAGAACAGUGUUGUAUUAAUGAAAGGGAAAACAUCAAGUGAGAUUUUAGGGGAGAGUGGAGUAUGGUACAUUCCCCAACUAGCAAGUGUGGUGCAACACUGAGUAAAAGCUGAUGGAAUAAAACUGUGAGCAUUUUCCAGUUGUUUUCUAGAAUUAUGUUGAAUUAUGGUAAUUACUUUUAUGACUUCAGUAAAAGUACCACAAAUGAUAUGUAGAAAUAAAAUGAUUUAAUGAAUCCAAAAUUAUGUAAUACAAUCUGAAUGAUUGAUAAUUUUUACCCUUUGAAAAGAUCAAGUCAUUACUGUAGCCUUUUACACAUUUGCUAAAAAGAUAGAUAAGUAAUUUUUUCUUAAUGAGUAUAUUUGAAUUUUAUCAAUUAUAUUCCAUUUGAUAUGGUUUGGGCUUUUAGGGUCUACUUGGAUAUCUCAGCUUAAUAAUGCAUAUUCAGUAUACAUUAAUUCACAGAAUAUCUGAUCAGAUGCUCAGUGGAGUAAUGUGUACAUGCCUUGAUGCUUUAUCUACACUCCCAACAAAACCAGUUAUGAUAAGUUGAAUUUUAUUGCUAAUGUGAGGAAAUGUU